GGAAGCGAUGAAGUGUUCUCUUCGCAACCAGAUGUCUCACUUCCAAGCCACUUGACCGGUCAAUUGGGCGUCGUCGUGAACCGCACAUCAUGUUUUGGGAAUCACUACAGAUGAACUGGCGAACGUUAUAUAUUCAAUACAAAUCUAGAGGCCGCUGCCCGAGCGAGCUGCUGUCCGCUCUCACCACCCCGGCGCAAACAACAAUGUGGCCAUUCGACUGCUAUCCCGAGGCAAAGCUCGAUGAUCUCUUCGAGCAGUAUGACUAUAUUGUUGCCGGUGGGGGCACCGCUGGCUGUGUGCUGGCCAAUCGACUCAGCGCAGAUACGUCCAACACCGUGCUGCUCAUAGAGCGAGGACCACGGGCAGACUCCUGGGCAGCUCCCGAGCUCGGACGUCCGCUUCUCCUGUUCUCGGGUGGGGCUCUUGGCGGCACCUCCCGCAUCAACCAGAUGCUCUACUCGCGCGGCCUUCCUGCGGAGUACAAUAGCUGGGCGGAGGAUGGGAGAGAGGGCUGGGGAUGGAAGGAUAUGGAGCCGUAUUUCAUCAAGUCGGAGCGGGCGCUGGACCUGAAGGGAGAGGGUAUUCAUGGAACGGAUGGAGAGUGGAGGAACAGGAGCUUAGGUGACUUUCAAUUCAAAGGCUUCAAUGAGGCGGUUGCAGCUUCAGAGGCAGUCGGUCUGCCGUAUAUCCCUGACAUCAACUCGCCUACGCAUCCACCGUUCGGCUGUGGUCGUCUGUACUUCACCAUUGACGAAAAGUCGAAGCGAAGUUCGUCCUACCAUGCCUUUCUCCCUACAUCCCUCGCCCGCGCUCGCCGGAAGAACCUCCACAUCUGCACGAACGCUCUUGUGGAGAAGGUAGACGUGGAGCGGCUCCCGGACGGUCGUUGCAUUGCUAGGGGUGUCACGCUUCUUCGCAGGGAGGCCCGAACCCGGAGAAGAGGAAGCAUGUCCGCGCAGCGCGAGAGAUCGAUCUCCAUUAGUGGCAUUGGUCCCUCGGAGCACCUCAAGGAGCAUGGGAUUGCCGUCGUCAAAGACCUCCCGGCCGUUGGUUCUAACCUCGAGGACCACUUCGGAGUGUCCGUGGGGUUCUUCAUUCCAAUGAAAGACUCGCUGCUUUCGUUACGCACGCAACCUUUGCGGUUCUUGAUCGAGCUAAUUAAGUAUAUCAUCUGGGGCUCCGGUUGGCUGCUGGGGCCCGUGUUGCAGCUCGCUAUCUUCGCGAAUUCAAGGAUGCUUGACGCCACGGGCAAGCCUACUCGUCUCGAAAAUGCCUCGGAAGAGAAGCUGCCCGAUAUUGAGAUUAUGCCGAUGGCAUACGCCAGUCAUGACGAGCCUACCCCCAUGGAUCGUGGCAUGUUCAGUUUCCUGAAUGUCCUCUUGCAUCCGAAGAGCAAAGGCACGCUCCGUUUGUCCUCGUCCGACCCGCGCGCCCCGCUCGUCAUCGACCCCCGCUACCUCUCCAACCCCGACGACUACGUACCGCUGCGCGCAUCGCUCAAGCUAAGCCUCCGCCUGCGCGACGAGAUGCGCGCACGGGGUUACGGUCUAGAGGACUGGCUGCAGCCGCAGAGUGAGAGCGACACGGACCUGGACGACUACAUCCGGCGGUACAACCGGACGACGUACCACUACUCGUCGACGUGCCGGAUGGCGCCUAAGGACGACCUGGGGGGCGGAGGGGUCGUGGACGAUGAGCUCAGGGUGUACGACAUAGAGAAUCUUCGCGUGGCCGACACGUCAAUCUUGCCGCGGGUGCUGGGGACGCACUUGCAGGCGCCUGCUGUGGCGAUCGGCGAGAAGUGCGCGGAUAUGAUCCUAAGCAGUAAGCGACAAUGAGCUUUGCGCCAAAACACUUUGCUUGUCAUACAGUAUGCUGCGGAUCCCUACAGUCUGAAGGU